AUGACAAUGGAGCCCGAAGACUUUGUUUCUCAGAAUAGAGAAACAGUGAGUUGGGACAUUAACGAUAUGAAACUGCCUCAGGAUGUGAAAACAACUGACUGGUUUCAGGAAUGGCCAGAUUCCUACGUGAAGCACAUCUACAGUUCAGAGGACAGGAACGCACAGAGGCACCUAAGCAACUGGGCCAUGCGCAACACCAACAAUCACAACUCCCGCAUCUUGAAGAAGUCCUGCCUGGGAGUGGUCGUUUGCAGCCAGGACUGUUCUGCCGAGGAGGGAAGGAAGAUCUAUCUGAGACCGGCCAUCUGCGACAAAGCCCGGCAAAAGCAGCAGAGAAAACGAUGUCCUAAUUGUAAUGGGCCUUUGAAACUCAUUCCUUGUCGUGGUCAUGGGGGCUUCCCAGUCACCAACUUCUGGAGGCAUGAUGGACGUUUCAUCUUUUUUCAGUCAAAAGGUGCACAUGACCAUCCAAGACCAGAAACAAAACUAGAGGCAGAAGCGAGACGGUCGAUGCAGAAAUCCCACGUGGCAUCUUGCUCGUCCUCUACUGCCUCUCCAAAGCUGAAGAAUAACUCAGGGACAAAGGAAAACCAUAAGCAUAUUCUUCGGGACCCUUUUUAUGUCACCUACUAA